CUUCCCGCCGGGGCUCCUCGAUCUACUUCAGCAACAACCACGCCAGCUGACCAACAGCCUGGUCUCAAGGACAUUCACCGACCUGUCCUCUUCCCUUUUCCGAUUUUACUCUAUCCCUCUGCAUCACGAUGGUUCGCCUUAACCAUCUCCUCGCCAGCUGCCUCAGCUUGGCCUCCGCCGUCACCGCGGUGGUCGACCUCGUUCCCACGAACUUCGACGACGUUGUCCUCAAGUCCGGCAAGCCCGCCUUGGUUGAAUUCUUCGCUCCCUGGUGCGGCCACUGCAAGAACCUCGCGCCCGUCUACGAGGAGCUCGGUCAAGCGUUCGCCCACGCCUCGGACAAGGUGUCGGUGGCAAAGGUCGAUGCGGACGAGAACCGCGACCUGGGCCGCCGGUUCGGUGUGCAGGGAUUCCCGACUCUGAAGUGGUUCGAUGGAAAGAGCGAUACCCCCGAGGACUACAAGGGAGGCCGUGAUCUGGAGAGUCUGUCUGCGUUUAUCACCGAGAAGACGGGUGUCAAGCCCCGCGGACCUAAGAAGGAGCCCAGCAAGGUGGAGAUGUUGACCGACGCGACUUUCAAGUCGGUUGUCAAUGGUGACAAGGAUGUUCUGGUCGCUUUCACUGCGCCUUGGUGUGGACACUGCAAGAACCUCGCUCCUACCUGGGAAUUGCUUGCCAAUGACUUCGCGCUCGAGAACGACGUCGUGAUCGCCAAGGUCGAUGCCGAUGCUGAGACCGGUAAGGCUACUGCCAGAGAGCAGGGCGUGUCCGGAUACCCCACCAUCAAGUUCUUCCCUAAGGGCUCUACGGAAUCGGUUUCCUACGAGGGUGCCCGCUCCCAGCAGGCCUUCAUUGACUACCUGAACGAGAAGGCCGGUACCCACCGUACCAUUGGCGGUGGUCUGGAUGCCAAGGCUGGUACCAUUGCCAGCCUGGACGAGCUGAUCGUCAGCUCCCCUGCUGAUCUGACUGCUGCGUUGAAGGAGGCUGCUGCCGACCUGAAGGACAAGUACGCCCAGUACUACGUCAAGGUUGCGGACAAGCUGAGCCAGAACGCCGAGUACGUGAGCAAGGAGCUCGCUCGGUUGGAGAAGAUCCUGGCCAAGGGUGGAUCGGCCCCGGAGAAGGUGGACGACCUUGUGUCGCGGAGCAACAUCCUUCGUCAAUUUGUUGGCGAGAAGGAAGUCAAGGAUGAGUUGUAGAUAUUGUAUGGAUUAUGACUGGCAGGAUAUGUUAUGUUCUGUAUGAUAUUGAAGAUGAGAAUGUCGAGUAUAUCAACAUACUGAAAUUAUUCGACGAUAGCCAGCCAGCCACAACAUAAAGAAAUACUAGUAAGUAAUAAGUAAAGGG